GGAGCCCGUGGAAAGGGGAAGCUGGGGCUGAGCCAGCCUCUCUGCAGUGUCCCUAAGACACCCCCAGGACCUCCACGGAGCUGGCCCACUUCAGAUUGCCAGGCCCAGCCCUCUGGCCCCUUUGGUGUCCAGCAGGUGGCUCCUUGCCUCUUCACAGGAGAUGGAGAUUAACGUGGGGACCCAGGGCCACCUCUCAAAGAGUCUCCUGCUCUCAGCUUCAAUCCUGGCACUCUGGAUGCCCCAAGACUCCCAGGCAGCCCUCUAUAUCCAGAAGAUUCCAGAGCAGCCUCAAAAGAACCAGGACCUUCUCUUGUCUGUCCAGGGUGUCCCAGACACCUUUCAGGACAUUAACUGGUACCUGGGGGAGGAGACCUCUGGAGGUACAAGGCUAUUCACCUACAUACCUGGACUACAGCGGCCCCAGAGGGAUGGCAAUGCCAUGGAACACCGAGACAUUGUGGGCUUCCUCAAUGGCUCCAUGCUGCUGCGACGUGCCCAGCCCACAGAUAGUGGCACCUACCAAGUAGCCAUCACCAUCAACCCUGCCUGGACCAUGAGGGCUAAGACUGAGGUCCGGGUGGCAGAAAAGCAUAAGGAGAUGCCCAGUGCACCCCUGCCCUUGAACACUGGAAUGGUGGCUGCCAUCAUCAUUGGAUCUCUUUCUGCUGGGGCCCUCCUCAUCAGCAGCAUUGCCUGUCUCCUGGUGACAAGGGGCUGGAGGGGCCAGAGCCACAGGAUGACGGCCACAGAGACACCAACACAGGGCCCCAGUUACAGCACUGGUAACAACAAUGUUUAUGAAGUAAUGUCAUCUCCGGUCUUCCUGGCUUCUCCCCUCAAUGACCCCGGGUCCGUGAACUCAGUUCCGCCCUUGCCCAUGCCUGCACCCCUGCAGCCAAAGCCAGAGAACCACCAGUACCAGGACCUGCUACACCCAGACCCUUCUCCCUACUGCCAGCUGGUGCCAACUUCCUGAAGGGGCCCCAGCCAGGCCAGCUGAAAAUGAGGCCUCCACCCUCCUCUGGGAGCCUCACACCAACAGCAAGACACAUCCAAGACCAGCAGGACAAGGCCAUUAGGAGAUGUGGGUCUGAUGUGAUGGACUUGGCCAAAG